AUGGCGGCCAAAAACGUUGUCAGUUGUGCAAAUUUAUUACGAUCAUCUUUUACUCGAAACCUGAGGAAAACUUCAGUAGCUGGUGAGAUUACAUAACUGGUUUAAUUCCUGUUUUUUUUUAUUUAUUACGGUGUAUAUAGGGCUUACCGACGAGUGAAUAUCUCCAACUUUCGCAACAUAUGAACCUGAACGGGUUGUUAUAAAAUUGCUCCUGGAAUAUAGUCAUCAAUCUUAGCUUGCAAUGCGUCAUUAAGUUUUUAAGGGUAAUAUGAACGCCGUGGAAAAUUUUUCAAGGCUGAUGAUUCGUAUAUAUCAAAGGGUUAACGCUCGAAACGUCAGCUUUUCUAAAGUUGCCAAGGCGGUUUUAUGCUUUGUUCUUCAAACAACACGAACGCGCAAAGGAAGCGGCGUGUUUCUACAGUUAUACUAAUUUUGGCAAGUCUGUUGGAUAAAACAACUAGAGUGCAUUCAUUGUGGGUUCUAACAGUAAAAAUCUUUGACGUGGGUUUUGAAUCUGAUGGUUCAGCAACGCGAGUAAUGGCAUUUAUAUAUGAAAAAGGUCUAAAAGUUGGAUAUUGUUUCUGUGUGUAGAGUUAAUAUAUAGCCCAGUUAUGUAAUCGUAGUAAUCUUUAUCAACUUGAGGUGGUACCUGAGGCUAUCUUGACCUUUUCGGAAUUCUUUAUUUUCUCACGUAUGAAAGAUUGUAGUUUAACAAUUGGAAAACAUUUUGAAAUAUGUGUGAUAGAAGUUUUGUUUGAGAGGACAAAUCUCCUGGAAAAUAGAGAUAUGAUCCUGGUGGCAACCAUAAGCAAGCAAAUAAUAAGAUGUUAUAUUUUGUCACACCAUGUUUGAUCAAUUGAAAUCUUUGACUUUCACGUCAUAAUUUUGUGGUUCCUGAUGAUGCACUUUCCUUCUUUUCACUUCCUAACCAAGUGAGUAAGUAAGAGAAGAUGUAGAACAUUUACUGAAAACUCUACUUUUGUGUUGCUUUUUCAUCUCCCACUAAUGUCCAAGAUUGUCUUAACACCCCAGGAAAGGUGUCAUUGCUACAGAUGGUGUGAAUGUUUUAAGUCUCAUAUUCUGAUUGGUUUUUUGGGAAAAAUAACAGACGAAUAUAGCAAUUAUGACCAUCUAUAUUGCACUAUUUUGUAUUUUACUGCUGCAGCGAAAUAUCACUGGAUUAUUAAAGAUGGCUUUCAAAAGGAAGGAAAGUAAACAUGGGUUCUCUGACAAAUUCUGUCAAAGAUAUUGCUGCUUUUCCCAAAGUAAUUAGUGCAGCUACAACGUGUCAUGCUGCUGCAACGACAUUAUCUCAGGGAAAAUUUUUUAUUUUGAUAGAAAACUUGGCAAACCAAAGCUACCUGCAAUGACGAAAAUUCACAGAGCAGGCUGCUACAGUCUGCCACGAAUUGGCCAAAUGAGAAGAUAUUGGAUCACAACCUUAAUUUUUGUUCAUUUCAUUGAGGACAAAAUCGUCAAAAUGUAAUAUAAUUUGAUGGACUGUGCUCAAAAUCUCUAUUCCCAUUAUCUUCAAGCAUGUGCCAAACCAUCUUGGGUAACAUUUAAUUGUUUCAGAUUAGAGAAGUAAUUAUCCAAAAUGGCCUUUUCAACACACUUCUUAAUUCCAUGAAAUUCCACAAGUUCCUUGACACCUGGCAAAAUAAUUUUAGUCACAUAUUAUGCAUAUAAUCAUUCAAGUCAUUGCAACAAAUCUGUUAUGAGAUAUUUUAUUCCCAAGAUUGUCAAAAAUUCAUCAAAUUAGCAUGCAGUACCACCUUAAGUUUCACUUGAUUUUCGAGUUGUAAGACUCACUCUCACAGUCUCUAACUUUUAUGCAGCAAAAUACAAUGUUUUUUGUCCUUUGUUUUCUUUGUCCAAGAACUGGGAUCACAACAAAGUAUAGGACUGUCCACAAAUUGUGGGUAAAAUAUUCCUCAAUAACUGCCACUUGUCAGGUGCUAGAUGUUGAAUUUUGAUAUGCCCAUUUCAUUUCUUCAGCAUAUGAAUUAUCAAGAGUGCUUCCUCUGGUAAAUCAACAAUGUAAAUUCUAAUGUUCUGAUAUAUAUUUGUAUUUCCAGGGUUAUGUGUUGCUGUGAAAAAUCACAAGUAUCAAGGUGCCAAUAGCAAUGUGCUUGCAAGUAAUAACCUUGUCAAAAAUAGGUACUAAAUUUUUUUCUUUUUGUAAUGAGAUUUCAGUCCCUCUGUGGAGAAUUCUCAUGGUGACUGAUUCAUUUCUGAGUUCAUUUUGAAUUUUGAGACUCAGGAGUGAAAAAUAUAGCUUGUUAAAACUGUCCCUGAAAUCCCUAUGGUCUUAUAAAAUCCCAAUGCAAUAACUAUUUGUUUUCAAUGCAUUAACGGGCUCAUAGUCUGUAUUUCAUCACCUGUGUACUUUCCCUAGGAUGUUAAAUUGUAGGUCAUGUGUACCUUUUAAAAUCUUAAAAUGAGUCUGACUUCCAAAGAAACCCCCGUAUGUAGCACAGUUUCUAUGGGGACAGUGCUCCCAGCAAAGUGCAAGUUUUAGUCAAUGGGAAUGAUCUGAUCAGAGUUUUGUGCAAUUAUUUCUCUCUUGGAAGGGUGGAAAGAAAGGAAACAAUUUUCAUAACAAUGGCCUUUGCAAUCUUACCUGGAGGGAUAUGAUUUUUUGGACAGUGUCAUCAUCUGUGAACUUUUGGAGAGACCAAAUUUUCACUAACAAAUCAGAUCAUGUCCCACACUUGUGUUAUUCUUUGUCCCACAUUCAUUCUCAGUCUGUUAUUGUAUUCAUCCCAACAGCCUCACCAUGUUUACAAAAUCUGCUGCAGCAGUAUCUCAGUUUUCAAUAACAAACCCUGUUAGUCUGCUUGGAAAUGUUGAUAUCCGUAGUCUCAGUACAGGAUCAAGUUCUCUGACAGAAGCUAGUGGAGAAGAUGAGGAUGAACAAAAUUGUCCACCGUAUUCAUCAGGUACAUGUCUUAUUGAACCUAUAUUGAAUAGUGACAGAACUUUUCGUUAAUUCCGGGCUCCAACUCAACCUCCUUGAGUGAUGCCAUUUAGCAAACUAAAAUUGUGACAUGCAUUCCAGAAAAAAUUAAAAAUAAAUAUACAGGUGAAUAAAAAGACAAAUAAAUAAACGUACAAAACUGGGUCAUAUCGUGUGAAAUGGAUAUCCUCACUUACUGUAUGCACAAGACCAUGAAUACUGUGUGAUUAAAACUUAAUAACUAACUGUUUCAUGAACAGUGAACAGAGGUUGUUCAAUUGGAACUUAAAUUGCCAAUCUAGUUGCUAAAAUUCUUCCCAACCCAAUAUGGCAACUGAAAUGGUCACAGCUUGCAGUGAUGUAAUAGCCUAUUUUAAUGUCAAUUCUCAUUCUUUUCCCAAGCUUGUAUUCUUUAUCAGAAAGCUGGAGGUGCUGUGGAGCAGUAUGGUUCAUUUUUUGAAGCAGUCUGUAUUGUUGUAAUGCACCUAUUCAUAUCAUUUGUCCAAAAGAAGACUUAAAUUAAGGCUUCUUGCUCAUAUAAAUAUUAUAAUUUUAAUUGUAGAUGUCAUGAAAAAUGUGCAAGAUGAAAUGUUAAAGGGUGAAUCAAGUGGUCAGAUAUUUGCUGUGGUUCAUUUAGGUCAGUAUGUAGAGUUGGCCAUGUAGUAUUUAGUGCUACAUGUAAUGCAUGAACAUUCGUGUAACUCUUUUAGAGAACAAACAGAUUGAGGAAUAUGGUACAUUUUGAGCUCACUAUGGGAAUAACUUAAGAUUUUGUUUGCUUUGUCAAGAUGAGUAAUCAUCUUUUGUGUUUACUUCUGGAGAUUGAUCAUCUUAAUCCUGCAACUCCCAUGAGAGACCAAGACAGAAUUUUUCCUUACUUUAUCUAUACAAUAUCAUGAAGACAAGUGAUGAGAAUGAAGAAAAUUCUCAAUUAUGGGAUUACUAAUUGAUCUGAUAUUAAAUUCUCCAAACUAACAUAAUGAGAAACAUUUGGCAGACAGCAAGGACAAUAAUUAUUACUAAUGAGAUCUUGGGAGUUAAAAGGUUAACAGUUUCUUUGUAUUUAAUGUGAUGUGCCUUCUCUCUUAUCAGGGGGGAGCCAAUUUAAGAUCACUGUGAAUGACACUAUAAUUAUCAACAGAAUUGAUGUAGAAACUGGAGAUAGAAUACGUAUUGAAAAGGCAAGUUUGAUUUGAUGUUAUGUUGGGGGGAGGGGGUUAGAUGAAAUGGAUGACCUGAGCAUAGUGGCUGGCAAGUCUGGGACAUCAGAACAAAAGAGGGCAACUAAAAAAAGUAAAGGACAUUUUUUUCACAUUUUGCAACAGUGGUCUAUUCCCAAUAGACACUUGCUUCACAAAGGCCUAAGAGUUCUGUUCACAGACAGGGAGGUAGAGGAUUAGACAAAAACUGGGGAUGGAGGGGAUGAUCUUCAAUCUAAACAACAUUGCCUUUCCAUCUUGUCCCCAUCCAGGGGCUUGACUUUGCCAGAAACCACUUCUUUACUUAACUGACUGCACCUUUUUGGGGGAUAUUGAAUUGUUUAUGGAUUCUGCUAUAGGAGCAUGCACUUAGAAAAGUUCAACAUCUAAGUCACAAAGAGGUGUAAACCACUAGAAGCAGUGGGAAUUAAAUGGACAGAGAACAGUGGCUGGUCUUCACUAUGGACUUUAAUGUUUCUUCUCUGCCCUUACUUCCUUGUGAUAAAAGUGUGCAAAGGUGAAGUCAGUUUACAAGCCGGUAGGCCUGACAAAUGUGCUAGCUGAAAUCCCAGGGUUAGUUGCAUAAAGUGACUAGACAGAAUGCCAGACAAUGUGGGGGUAACUUAUCAGAUUUAAGAUUUUUGAAGAUAGAAUGAAGAUUUUCAGAGUCAUCUAGUAACAAUCUAAUUAUAAACAUGAAGAAGUGGAUUAGGUUGAGAAUUAAUUAAAUUUGAGCUAAUGGUCUGAACUUGAUCCUUAUUUACAGUAUUUAAGUUUUCUAAUAUUUCAGGUUUUAUUAGUGGGCGGAGAAAAUUUUACCGUAAUAGGAACCCCACUGCUUGCGUAAGUACUUCGUUCUCACCUUAAACACAAACAUGUAAUGUAACGGCAUAAAGUUCUGAAAAUAACGACUUUUGUUACUUUCUUUCAGAAGAUAAUUACUUUUAGGGAGUGUAAUUUUUACCAUCCACUGUUUAUGGGUUGUUCAAGACUGAUAGAAUCUCACAAAAGUUUCACAAAAGUUUUUUUUCCACAUACUUUUUAAAUCAAGAACAAAACGAACUUAAGCGGUCAACUGCUUAUGCACUUUCAGUCUCUGUUAUUUGGUUAUUUAACAACUGUUCACUGAAGUGGAGGUGAAUAGCGUUAUAAGCCGGGAGUCUCCUCGCCCACCCAUACUGUCGAAUGUGUAUGAAUAUUACUUCUGAAGUGACUAGUAUUUAUCGAGCUGCGAAGCUUAUAGAUGGCUUUUCUCACCCAGCCUGGUAACAGUAGCUCUUACGUUUUCUUCCAUAGACGAGACCUUGUGAAGAUUGAAGCAACAGUCUUGGAAAAAACAAAGGGCCCUAAGAAGAUAGUGUUUAAAAUGAAACGGAGAAAGGGUUAUAGGAGAUGGAAAGGUAAAUUUCACAUACCCAGUGACAAUUUUAUAUGUGCUGAAUUUACCCGUGUAUCAGUUUUUUUUCCUGCAAGUAUGUUUACAAUGUAUUAGUUGAGAAGACAGGCGUAUGGUUGACACCAUUGUUCAUCUUUGUUUUUUUUUUUUUUAUGUUCUGUUCCUUUAUGCCGGUGUUCAGUUCAAUUAGAAAACGCAGAAAACGUCUUAAAUGUAAUGAGAACAUUAGUAACAUGUUCGCUUGUGGCUCACGAGCAUUUUUUUCUCUGGAGGGGAGGGUUGGGGGGUUAAACCACGGUUUAAUGUAAUCUCUGAGUAUUCAAGCCAUCAGUGAUAUCAUUUUGUUCUCUUAUUUCCUAGAACACUUUCAAGAUCUAACAGUUCUGAGAAUAAACAGCAUUCAAGUGCAGCCUUCACUUUUAUCGUCUGCUCAAUAAACGCUCUACCAUUUGUUAUCUCAUUGAGGGAGGAUUUUAACAAAGAUCCACAAGCAAAACAUGGAAUCAUCUCCAUUGUAAAGUCCAUGCAUGUAACGGAACUUGAGCUUGUGAUUUGGUUCUUUUUGUAGAAAAUAAAGUAAAAGACGACGAAUGAUCCAUUGUCAACAAUGAGUAGUCUUAAGUCAACACUUCAGUUCUCAACAACUUUGUUAUUGGCCAGAAUAUAGUUUCACAGGCUGUGUAAUAAAAAACUACUAAGGAGUUUGGAGAACAGUAUUGAAGAGAUCACCUGCUUCAGUUUGCUUUUUCUUCGCUUUGUUCAUCU